CGAUAGGUGGCGGUACAAGGCAACAUCCCCGGAUGUUGUUCUGGCUAAAGGCGCGCUCCGUAGAAGAAAAGACGAUUUCCCUCAUUAUUAUUUAAGAUGAUUGGAACGCUGAUUGAUCCCUGUWUGUGCUAAAAACACCGGCGAGUUUGUGCAGAGGUGAAUGUGUCACCAAACGACAGAGGGGAACCUCUUAACGUUGUUCUUAGGCAAUGUCACAGCUGUAAUCCGCUUUCACUUUUGACGUGACGUGAAAGUGCUCUAGAGGGCUCAACAUCAGCAGUGACCACACACCCAUGCCCAGCCUGACCAUGAAGAGCGGAAGUCAGAUUUUGCAGAGCUUCCUGGAGGUUGGCGUCCCCGCGAGCCUGAAGGGCAGCGGACACCUCUGCUUCAGCUGCGAGCAGAUCUUUGCGAAUCGAAAGUGUCUGGAGGACCACCUGUGUCCCUCCGCGAGUUUCAUCUGCUCUUGUGGAACGGAGUUCACCGAGUACAAAGGCAUGCUGGAGCACAGCACCACGCACCAGCCAGGGCAACAGGUUCUCGAUCACAUGACCAUAAAGAAGCGCAGAAUUGAGAAGUUCGUGGAGCAGGAUGAAAAGCUGAAAAGGCUGCAGAAAGGCGAAAUCGUCUGGAGUCCAUCUAAUGCAGUCAAACCGUCGGUUUCAGGACGCAAAUCCUCAGCUCUCCCGCAGACCGUGCAGAUUCCACAAGUGCCUGUCGCCACCCCCUCUCUGUCUGAUGCAUCUCUGCUCCCAAACGCUCUCCCCGCAGCAAAAGGCAUGCAGACCCUUUACUCGGAUGUCGGAGCGCCAACCGUGGAUCUGUGGACAAUUUAUCAGCCAGUGGUACUGGUGCCAACAAUUCGCAAGCUCCAAAAGCCAUACAUUUGUGGAAAAUGUGGGCAGGGUUUCAUGUCAAAAGCCCUCCUCGUCUCCCACCACAACUUGCACGUCGCAGAUAAGGUUUCUGGCUGCAUCGGUUGUGGUCUGCUGCUCUCCGGGAGAAAGCAAGUGCCUCGCUUCCACUCGUGUAACUCCCCAGUCACUCACAAGUUCAAACUUAUCACCGCGAAACCACCAAACUACAAGUCGCCGAUYAAAGACAAUGUGAGAAAGAAUCUGCUCGCCCAGCCACUUCAGGCCGCUUCCGCUCUACAGCUGGAAAACCUGAUUCCGGGUGCGGCCAGGAAAGUGCGCCGACCAGGUCCUAUCUCUGCACAGAAAAACAUCAGAACGUACAAUAACAGUGUUCACGUGGGUUCAGUUUUUCAGCCUAAGAUUCUGAAUCCCAUUGCACCCAAAGCUCCCAUUAGUGUCUCUUUGUCGUCAAAGAGUCCAAACCUCAGCGUAUUUAGUUCCAAGAUUUCCAUCCCUCCCACUGUGCAGCUAAAGAUGCCCACUAGCUCAGAAUCGCUGAGCAGCGACGGCGAGUUCAUGUGUCGAGUUUGUCACCUUCCUUUCAGAACCGCUCAGAUACUUCAGAGGCACAAGUGUGUCAAAGCUCAGGAGUUCAUGGCGAAGCAUGUGAUCGGCAGCAAAAUCCAACCCAAACCCCCGUUGUCGAUGGGUGCUCCAAAUUCUGCUCAGGUAAACGGCGAGAGGAAGCCGGGGUUUCCCCCCUCCGUUGGCACAAAGAGCAACCAGCUGGCCGUCGGUUUGGACAAAGGCAAGGCUCCGGUUCCUGGUAAAGUUCCUGGUAAUAAGAAAACAGGAGAGGAGGACGACGACGACUGCUUCAUCGUCGAGGAUGGAUCCAACAAACCUGCUGAGAUGAUUUACCAGGUAACCUCGUCCGUCCCAAUCAAGAUUUGAAGAGCCGCCUGUCCCGCUUCAUGUUAAAUAAGGCUGCAGUCUUGUUCAGCGACAUGGCAUCACACACAAGUAAACCGCUUCCCAGCUUUCUCCAAACUCCUCUAAAAUAUAGACAAUAGUUAUAAUAAUGCAUUGAUUUUAAAACUGGUKUUUUGUUUGUAUAGUUAGUAAACAUUAUAUUGGUCCCUCAAGAUUUCUACACUGCUCCACUUCUACACUGUUUAAGGAGAAAAUUAAAUUGUGUUCAUGGUUAUUUUCAUGUUCUGUGGAACAACCAGGCACUGUAAAAUACUUUUUUUAUUAUCAUUUUUGGGUGUUUUAUUAUGUUUUAGUAAAAUGAGAAUGUGGUGUAAAGUUGUGGGACUUAACCCUCAUUCCUUAUGUGUUCAUAGCUUUGUUGGAGUUUAUGAAUACAGGUUAUGUAAUAAAGUAUAUUUUCAAAGCUGA